CCGCCCCGGCCUCGCGGGCCCCACUCCUCGCUCGCACCUCGCUGGCGCCAGCGCUUCCCGCUCUUCUGCUCUCGCACUGCUUGUCCCCCCCGACUGCUGGCCUCGCCCGCUUUGCCAGUCUUAACGUCUCUGCCGUCCCCUCUCCCGCCCGCGCCCCAUCUUCUUGCGCGGCUCGCGCCCGCUGGUCCCCUCCUUUCUCCCACCUCCUGCCUGCCCCCUCCUCCUCUGGCACACCAAGGAUCCCUGGCACCCAGGCCGGGAGGCGAUGCGCCCAGCCGUCUAAGCGGGAACAGCUCCGGCUGAAGGAGCUGCAGCGCCGCCGAGGCUCUGACCGCCUCAGGUUGCUUAGGUGCGGCACCAGGAGUUAACCCCACAGCGAGGAGGUCCUGAGCAGCAUGGCCCGGAGGAGCGCCUUCCCUGCUGCCAAGCUCUGGCCCUGGAGCAUCGUCCUGUGUCUGCUGGCCCUGCGGGCGGAGGCCGGGCAGCCGCGGGAGGAGGGCCUGUACCUGUGGAUCGAUGCUCACCAGGCGAGAGUGCUCAUAGGAUUUGAAGAAGAUAUCCUGAUUGUUUCAGAGGGGAAAAUGGCACCUUUUACACAUGAUUUCAGAAAAGCACAACAGAGGAUGCCAGCUAUUCCUGUCAAUAUCCGUUCCAUGAAUUUUACCUGGCAAGCUUCAGGGCAGGAAGAAUACUUCUAUGAAUUCCUUUCCUUGCGCUCCCUGGAUAAAGGCAUCAUGGCAGAUCCAACCGUCAAUGUCCCUCUGCUGGGAACAGUGCCUCACAAGGCAUCAGUUGUUCAAGUUGGUUUCCCAUGUCUUGGAAAACAAGAUGGGGUGGCAGCAUUUGAAGUGAAUGUGAUUGUUAUGAAUUCUGAAGGCAACACCAUUCUCCAGACACCUCAAAAUGCUAUCUUCUUUAAAACAUGUCAACAAACCGAGUGCCCAGGCGGGUGCCGAAAUGGAGGCUUUUGUAAUGAAAGACGCAUCUGCGAGUGUCCUGAUGGGUUCUACGGACCUCACUGUGAGAAAGCCCUUUGCACACCACGAUGUAUGAAUGGCGGACUUUGUGUGACUCCUGGUUUCUGCAUCUGCCCACCUGGAUUCUACGGAGUGAAUUGUGAUAAAGCAAACUGCUCAACCACCUGCUUUAAUGGAGGGACCUGUUUCUACCCUGGAAAAUGUAUUUGCCCUCCAGGAUUAGAGGGAGAGCAGUGUGAAAUAAGCAAAUGCCCACAACCCUGUCGAAAUGGAGGUAAAUGCAUUGGUAAAAGCAAAUGUAAGUGUUCCAAAGGUUACCAGGGAGACCUCUGUUCAAAGCCUGUCUGUGAGCCUGGCUGUGGUGCACACGGAACCUGCUAUGAACCCAAUAAAUGCCAAUGUCAAGAAGGUUGGCAUGGAAGACAUUGCAAUAAAAGGUACGGAGGCAGCCUUCUACAUGCCCUGAGGCCAGCAGGCACCCAGCUCGGGCAGCACACGCCUUCACUUAAAAAGGCCGAGGAGCGGCGGGAUCCACCUGAAUCCAAUUACAUCUGGUGAACUCCGACAUCUGAAAUGUUUUAAGUUACACCAAGUUCAUAGCCUUUGUUAACCUUUUAUGUGUUGAAUGUUCAAAUAAUGUUCAUUACACUUAAGAAUACUGGCCUGAAUUUUAUUAGCUUCAUUAUAAAUCAAUGAGCUGAUAUUUACUCUUCCUUUUAAGUUUUCUAAGUGUGUCUGUAGCAUGAUGGUAUAGAUUUUCUUGUUUCAGUGCUUUGGGACAGAUUUUAUAUUAUUUCAGUUGAUCAGGUUAAAAUUUUCAGUGUUUAGUUGGCAGAUAUUUUCAAAAUUACAGUGCAUCCAUGGUGUCUAGGGGCAGGGGAACAUUAGAAAGGUUAAAAUGGGCAAAAACGCGUAAGUCACAAGAAUUUGGAUGGAGCAGUUAAUUAUGUUGGAGUUACAGCAUUUCAGAUUUUAUUGUCAUAUAUUUAGAUGUUUGUCACAUUUUGAAAAUUUGCUCCUAAUUUUUAAACUCUCAAUACAAUAUAUUUUGACUAUCAUUAUUCCAGAGAUUCAAUAUUAAAAAAAUUACACUGUGGUAGUGGCAUUUAAACAAUAUAAUAUAUUCUAAAAACAAUGAAAUAUGGAAUAUAAUGUAUGAACUUUUUGCAUUGGCUUGAAGCAAUAUAAUAUAUUGUAAACAAAACACAGCUCUUACAUAAUAAACAUUUUAUACAGUUUGUAUGUAUAAAAUAAAGGUGCUGCUUUAGUUUUCUGA